GCAGGGCAUCCCAAAGGGAGGCGUGAAGAAGAUCAUACUCACCGGUAGUGGAGGCACCUUCCGCGACAUGUCCGUUGAGGACAUGAAGAAGGAAGACCCUGAAGUGCUUCGACAGCGGUCCACGACGCACCCGAACUGGGAUAUGGGUGCAAAGAUCACCGUGGAUUCGUCCACAAUGAUGAACAAGGGCCUCGAGGUGAUCGAGGCGCACUGGCUGUAUGGUGUGGAAUACGACGACAUCGAAGUCGUGAUCCACCCGCAGUCCAUCGUCCACAGCGCGGUCGAGUGCCAGGACACCGCCAUUCUCAUGCAGACGGGCUGGCCGGACAUGCGGCUCCCCAUCCUCUACGCUCUCUCACACCCGUCUCGCGUCCCCGCCGACCUGCCCAACCCCAGGGACGGCCGGAACUUCGACGUCUGGUGGAACGGGGAGGGCAAGGACGGCAAGCUCACGUUUGGCAAACCCGAUCUCGAAAAGUAUCCAUGCAUCCGCCUUGCCUACAAAGCGGGCCGAAUCGGUGGAACCAUGCCGGCAAUUCUCUCCGCGGCCAACGAGCAAGCGGUUGAGCUUCUCCUGACGAAGGAAAUCGAUUUCCUGGAAAUUCCGCUGGUUCUGGAGAAGGUCAUGGACAAG